AGUUCAUCACCAUUUCGUAUCAUAUUCUCACACACCCCCAAAACUUAUAUUUAUCACCUUCAUCUACUUCACAGCCUUCCAUUCUCAACAUAUAUACACACAAAUCCUCUGUAUCUAUCUCUAAUGGCUACUCUGAGCGCUGCUGAUUCUGAGAAGCUCAAAAAUCUCCAAUCUGCUGUCUCUUCACUCCCUCAGAUCAGUGAUAAUGAGAAAUCUGGAUUCAUCAAUCUCGUGGCGCGUUAUCUGAGUGGUGAGGCAGAGCAUGUGGAAUGGAGCAAGAUCCAGACUCCAACUGAUGAAGUGGUGGUGCCUUAUGAUACCAUGGCUCCUGUGCCUGAAGAUCUUGCGGAAACCAGAAAGCUUCUGGACAAACUUGUGGUCUUGAAGCUUAACGGAGGACUGGGUACAACCAUGGGUUGUACAGGGCCAAAGUCUGUAAUUGAAGUUCGUAACGGUUUAACAUUUCUAGAUUUGAUUGUCAUCCAAAUUGAGACACUUAACGCCAAGUACGGAUGCAAUGUUCCCCUGCUUCUGAUGAACUCAUUCAACACACAUGAGGAUACACAAAAGAUUGUCGAAAAAUAUGCCACUUCGAAGAUUGACAUUCACACAUUCAACCAGAGCCAGUUUCCUCGUUUAGUUGUUGAAGAUUUCAUGCCACUUCCCUCGAAAGGAAUUUCUGGCAAAGAUGGAUGGUAUCCUCCGGGCCAUGGUGAUGUGUUCCCUGCUUUGUUAAAUAGUGGCAAGUUGGAUGCUUUGUUGGCUCAGGGCAAGGAAUAUGUGUUUAUUGCCAAUUCAGACAACUUGGGAGCUAUUGUAGAUAUAAAAAUUUUGAACCACUUGAUUCAGAACAAGAAUGAGUACUGCAUGGAGGUCACACCCAAAACAUUAGCUGAUGUGAAAGGUGGAACUCUGAUUUCAUAUGAAGGAAAAGUUCAGCUACUUGAAAUUGCCCAGGUUCCUGAUGAAUAUGUCAAUGAAUUUAAGUCAAUUGAGAAAUUCAAGAUUUUCAAUACCAACAACCUGUGGGUAAACUUGAAUGCAAUCAAAAGACUUGUACAAGCAGAUGCACUCAAGAUGGAGAUCAUUCCGAACCCAAAGGAAGUGGAAGGAAUCAAGGUUCUUCAGCUAGAAACUGCUGCCGGUGCUGCUAUUAAGUUUUUUGAUCGUGCUAUUGGAAGUAAUGUUCCCAGAUCACGUUUUCUACCAGUGAAAGCCACUUCAGAUUUGCUUCUUGUACAGUCUGAUCUCUACACCUUAUCUGAUGGUCUUGUAACGCGGAACACGGCUAGAAAGAAUCCUGCAAAUCCUUCUAUUGAACUGGGACCUGAAUUUAAAAAGGUUGCCAACUUCUUAAGCCGUUUCAAGUCAAUCCCUAGUAUCGUUGAACUUGACAGCUUGAAGGUGUCCGGUGAUGUAUGGUUUGGGCUUGGCAUCACCCUAAAGGGGAAAGUUACCAUUACUGCAAAACCAGGGUUGAAGUUGGAAAUCCCUGAUGGAGCUGUCUUGCAAGACAAGGAAAUCAGUGGCCCGGAAGAUAUCUAAGAAUGUGCUGCUGCUUUAAAGUGUUGCAGGAGGUUUUUGAAAGUUACAUCCUUUUUUCAAGGCUCUGUUACUCUGUAAUGAUUCUGCAAUGUUUAUAUUACAAGAAUAAGACUGUCAUACUUAUAUCACAGUCGGAUAUAAAAUAAGCUUGCAUGUUUUCAUA